AUUCUUCAACUGUAAAAGUGAAAAUGAAAGUACAUGUAAAGUUUGCGCUGGGGAAACGGCGGGUUUAAUAAGUCUCCUAAAACCGAAAUCGAAAGGAUAGAUCUUUUAACCAUUAGAAGGAUUUCCUGCAUUUUCCUGUAUUCGGUGAUUCGGUGUUAUUAUUUUUUGUUUUGAUGUUGGAUUAUCAAGUCCAAACAUGAAGGAGUGUAGCACAUGGGCAGUAAUUGUCCUUUCCGACUUGGCCUUGGGGUGGGCAUAUUGGACAGCUGCACUCCUGCUACAGUGCCCAGAUCGUGGAGGACUAGUGGGAUUGUGGGGUCUUGGAGUAGUCAAGUACAUAAUCUUGUAUUUUAUAUCAUCUUUAUUGGCGGAUCAUGGGACGCCAGAGCCCGCACUGCGCCGGCUGUCGUGUCUCCUCUGUCUUCUCUGUCCAGUCACUGAGACCGGACGGAUGCUUUUGUCCAAAACCGAUCGCCCGUACGUGGGGCCACAUCCAGACCUAACCCAAGUCCCCCUGAGUAUCCUGGCCUCGCUGUUGGCCUGUAUUAUCUGGGAGAAGGGACUCAGUGGUGAGAGAUCUGCAAAAACAAAGCCCCAAAUUCAGGGAGCCGGACAGCUGUUUAAGAGGCUGCUGCCCUUCUUCAAACCAGAUGUGUUUUAUCUCAUCACAGCCUUUAGUGCGCUUAUUGUGGGCGUAAUCUGUGAUACAUUCAUUCCUAAGUACCAGGGGGAGGUAAUUGACAUGCUCAAAACCUCAGUGAUUGAAAAUGAUUUAAGUUAUGCAAUUGCGAAGCUGGCAUUUGUCUCUAUAGGCAGUGCUGUGUUUUCUGGGACCAGAGGAGGGUUGUUCAUGUUCAUCUUGUCGAGACUGAACAGGAGAUUAAAGCACCUCCUCUUCCACACACUUCUACAGCAAGAAAUUCAAUUUUUUGAAGAGAACAACGCUGGCAAACUAUCUUCUCGGCUGCAUUCAGAUGUGGACCGGAUGGGGCGCACUGUGGCCCUAAAUGCUAAUGUUUUGGUCCGGAGCACUGUAAAAACCUGUCUGAUGCUGGUGGUGAUGGUUCAACUGUCCUGGGAGCUCACUGUCCUCACUGUUUUAGAGAUGCCCAUUUUAGGCCUGGUUCAGAACAAAUACACUACAGUGUCCACGGAACUAAAGAAGCAGAUCCAGUCUCACCAAGCUCAGAUCAGUCAGUUGGUUUUGCAAACAGUGAGUGGCAUUGAGACUGUCCGGAGUUAUAAUGCUGAAAAUGUUGAAAUAAAGAGGUACAACGCCGCUCUGGAGCAGCUCCGUGCAGUGAAAAGACAGUAUGGUAUCUACAGUUCAACCUAUACUUUUAUAAGAAGGAUGAUCAGUCUUGUGAUAAGGGUCCUUUUUUUGGUGCUGGCAAGAAGACUUAUGUUAUCCGAUCAGCUCAGCAUUGGUAGUUUGGUCACUUUUCUGUUGUACCAAAAGCCAAUGUCAUACAAUCUGAGAGAGAUCAUGUAUGGUUAUGGAGAUACAAAGAGCAGUGUUGGGGUCAUAUCCACAGUAUUUAGUUACCUCAACCGAAAACCAAAGCGUCAAACAGCAGGAGACUUGGCCCCUCAGCAACUGGAGGGAAGAAUUAUUUUUGAAAAUGUCUCCUUCACUUAUCCUUCAGCAUCAUCGGAAAAAACAGCACCGCCUACACUCAAGUCAGUUUCUAUGGAGCUGCGUCCAGGGCAGAUGACAGCUCUUGUGGGUCCGUCUGGGAGCGGCAAAACAACAUGUGUCAGUCUUUUAAAAAGACUCUAUGAACCACAAGAGGGACAGAUCCUGCUCGACGGAGAACCACUGCAUAAAUAUGAACUGAAAUAUCUCCAUAACAAGAUGGCAGUUGUGUCCCAGAAUCCUGUGCUGUUUUGUGGCUCUCUGAAAUACAACAUUGAGUAUGGACUUACAGAGAGCAACACUGACAAAGUCCAACAAACUGCAAGAAAGAUCAAUGCAGAAUCUUUCUUCUCAGAACUGGACAAUGGAUAUGAUACAGAUGUGGGGGAGUCUGGGAGCAAACUGUCAGAGGGGCUCAAGCAGAGCAUUGCCAUCCUCAGAGCUCUGAUCCGAGAUCCAAAGGUCAUUAUUCUGGAUGAGGCCACCAGCAAACUGGACGUCCUAGCACAACACGCGGUCCUGGGGGAGAUCUUGUCUGGAGACCGGACCGUUCUGGUGAUUGCCCAUCAUCUGAAGACUGUGGAGAAAGCCAAUUGCAUCAUCUUUUUAGAAAACGGAGAAAUCGUUGAAGAGGGAACACACCGAGAGCUCAUGGACAAGAGAGGACGGUACUAUAGUUUAAAAGAAGAGCUGUUCAAGGCAUAAAGACACAUGAGGGACUGGGGCUAAGAACUGAAAGGGUUUGGUAUUUCAUAUUGUGAUUGGAUGUGUGUGUUAAAUAGCUAUGCAUGAUGUAUUCAAUGAGCAACAAUUUCCUUUUAAAUCUGCCUAUAUGACCUUUAUGUGUUUCUCAAAGCUAAAUGGUGCAAUUGCCACAGAUUUUAUUUCCUUUAAAGGUGCACUGUGUAACUUUUUUAGUGGUGAGUACGCUACCGGCUUGUCUCCAUGGAUAUGUUAUUUCUUUGUUUGGAAUGUUCCACAGUACUGUAUUCAACACAUCAAUCUAGACAUUAUUUAAUUGCAGGUAUUUUUAUUGUUCAAAAAUACCUUGAAAAACAUGCAUUCGUACUGUGAGCUUUACCUCUAUAGAGCUGUCCUAUGAACUUUCAUGUACUUUUUGUAUUAAAACCGCAUUUAUAAUUACACAGAUGUUCAUU